AUGGCGUGGGGAGACAGAGCUCAAGAUCAGACUCCACUACUGACACCGCUAUUAAAUCCUCCAUCUCAAGAUUUGGAAGUUGGUGAUUCAACUUCAGCUUCUCUACAAGCUUUAGAGGCUAAUGUUAGGUCUAUAGAAGCUUUAGAAGAGAAAAUAGAUAUGCUUGAUUCGGAGAUGACGUCUCUAGAGAAAGAAUCAAAUGGAAUUAUAGAUACAUUAGAAAAUCGGAUUGUAUUUCUUCUGUCAUAUACGACAGGAGGGAUAUUCUUUCAACAUUUGAGAUUUUCUUGUGUAGCUAUUGGGUACAUCACUUCCGUGAUAGUAUUUUGUUUGAUAUUAGGAUUGGGUUUUGUUAUUUGGGACGCAAGGAUGAAAUUAAGAAGGAUGAUCCCUGCUAUCAAGAAACUGGAUGAAAGAAGAGUGAAAUUUGUCAAUCUAGCACAACCGAUUUGUGUUUCGAAGAGCGAAAGGAUAAGCCGCCAUCAGAAUGGACCGGUUCAUGACACCGCUCCAUUACAUCCUACAGAGAAGGCUGAUUUAGUGAGAGACCGGUCUAUGCUGAUAGUAAACUCUGAGGAGUAUUUAGGUAGAUUUGAGUCCUACAAUUGCGAAUUUAUUCUGGCUGCGAUCAUAUGUGUGUUAAUUAAUGGGGCUGCUAUAUGUUUCAUCGCCUACUUCACAUAUUGCCAAUCUGACGUGUUAGGAGGUAAAACCCCUAUGAUGCCACCCCAGCCUAUGCAGCCUACUCAUACAUGUAGCCUAUGUGGCCUAUCUGAAGAAUCCGCAUACAUCUUUAAGUAUGACAGUCGCCACGGUCAGUGGAAGCACAAUGAGCUCAAGGUUAAGGAUGAUGAAAAGCUUGUUACCAGAUAUGGCAUUAGAAACCCAGAGGACAUUCCAAGGGCUGAGGCUGGAGCAGAGUACAUCGUGGAGUCAACUAGAGUCUUCAAUGAUAAAGACAAGGCUGCUGCAGCUCACUUGAAGGUGGAAGAAGCAGAUGACAUACAAAAAGUCUCUGCUACUUUUGGUGGUGCAUCAGAGGUUAAAAAUCAGGUACCUUCUCAGACAGAUGCAGCACCGGGAGACAGGGUUCCAGAAGACUGUCCUGCGAGUAUCAGCUCAUCUGAACUUCCUCCUCAUUUGGUCCUUGAUAUGCCAGUUUUGUCCCCAACCAUGAACAUCGCUAAAUGGAUGACAAAGGAAGGUCACAAGGUAGCGGUUGAUGAUGUUCUCUGCGAGAAAGAAGCUGACAAAGCAACCCUUGGGGCUGAAAGUCUAGUAGAAGGAUUCUUGGCCAAAAUACUGGCACGUGAAGGUUCAAAAGAUGUGGCUGAUGGGCAGCCUACUGCAAUCCCAGUUGAGGAUGCUUAUGAAGAUUUACCCAGUAGUCAAAUUUGCAAGGCAGACAUGUUUGAGGAUGAGGAGAAAAUUCUCUAUGGUGAGAAGCCUGUUAUUGGAUGUGGCAUUAGAAACCCAGUGGAGAUUCCAUGGGCUGAGGCUGGAGCAGAGUACGUCGUGGAUUCAACUGGAGCCUUCCCUGAUAAAGACAAGGCUGCUACAGCUCACUUGAAGGCUGACAAGUAUGAGAAAAGGAGAUCAGUUCUCUCAAGGAAAAGCUUAUACAAGUUUGAGAAAGGAGAUUAGUCAUUUACUGAUAAACUAGAACAUUUUUUUAUUUUGUCAAUAGAUUUUGUAGCACUGUAGGACGCGUUCCAGGACUUGUAUUACUGUCUGUUUGUAAUAGUGCUUGUUUCCUUUUGGUUUACUUUACUCUUGGACCUAGUCAAAGGUGGAGCUAGAAGAUUUAGGUAGGGGUUUGGCCAAAUCUAGUAGCUUUAGUUAAAAUUCUAUACUUGUAUUAAGAAAUUUACUAAAUAUGAACAAAAACUGAAUUAAGAACCAUUAUUAAUAUCUGAUGUCAUUAUUCUAGAAUUUUAGAACUCAAAAAGUUCAAAUCCUGACUU